UUUGGCUGUCAUUCCAAGAAACUUCUGGUUGAUAAACACCGUCUGGUAUUUCCUUGCUGAUUUCUUACCCUCAUACCGCAGGCCCUGAUUCCUGUGGUCCACCGAGCAAAUGCAAAUUACCUGAAUCAGGCUGCCGGUGACUCACCGGCUCCCCUUUAAAGCAACUUGGGCUCAGGGCAGUGACUGCUCAGGGUGGAAAGCCAUGGCUCACCAACGCCGCUUCGCCUGCCGGCUCUUGGUCUGCUGGGUGGUGGUAACCGUGGCAGAAGGACAAAAAGCAGUAGCCACCCCUCUUAGAGGCUCACAAGACGAUGGAGGCCCUACAGACUGCGAGAUCUUUACACUCACCCCUCCACCCACCGUAAGGAACCCGGUGACGAGGAUUCAGCUCGUCCCAAGGACACCCAAGUGUCCCUUUCAUUUUUUUCCACAAGGGCCUAGAGUCCACAUUAGGUUUACAAACAGACCUUUCCUUCCUCGGAAGUGCAACCGUCGUUUUCAGUUUCGUCCGUUCUUUUGGCCUCACAGUCGCCUCACUCCUCGUUACAGAUACUUCCCCAGAAGAAAACUGUGGAGAGGAAGCUCCUCUGAAGAAAGCAGAGAGAAAAGAGAAGCCCCAAACAUGCUGAUGCAAAAGAGGCCAAUACCUCCGAAAAGAGAUUAA